UUGGAAGUAACUUUCGCCAUUCUGGUUUGCCUCGCUUCGGUACUUGGUAAUGUGCUGGUUGUUUAUGUUACAAAUAAAUACUCCGAGAUGCAAACCAUCACCAACGUUCUUAUUUACAAUCUCGCACUGACUGAUAUUAUCAUGGCGACCCUUAACAUGCCGUUCUGGAUAACGAGCUUGUUCACGGGAAGGUGGAAUUUUAGCCAAGAAUGGUGUGAAAUUUCCGCAUUAAUACAUCAUACUAUGGGUUUGGCCUCCCUGCUCACUAUGGGCUUAAUUGCCCUGAACAGAUACAUGAAAGUCGUCAAGCGAUCCUUGUAUAUCAAGUUCUUCCCCAGUAAAAGAGCAGCUUGGUUGUACUGUGGUCUCGUGUGGCUGGUUGCUGUGCUAUUCUCUACACCUCCGUUGUACGGAUGGGGAAAAAUGAACUUUGAUUCAGAUUUUUUAGUUUGCUCAUUCAGCUGGAAGGAAGGACACUUUUCUUUUGUCAUAUUGCUUGCAGGGUUCUUAAACGUGACAACAUUUGCAAUAAUUUACUCCUAUUGGAAAAUUUACCAAACGGUGAAAGAAAGCUCAAAUAAUGUCAGCGUUAAUGUCGUACAAAAUGGCGUCGGCGCACCAGGGUUCCAUCGAGCUGACAUCGAUGUUUUGAAGAGUUGUUUCGCAGUGGUUUGUUUCUUUUUACUAACGUGGGGUCUUCCAGGUGUAUGCGCUUCUACAAUUACUGGUGGAGGCCACAUUCCACAUGAACUGCGUAAGUUAUCUGUGUAUUUGUUGUUCUCCAGUAGUCUUACAAAUCCAAUCAUCUAUGGGAUAAUGAAUCCGCAGUUUAAACAGGCCUUCAAAAAGACAUUCAGUUGUGGUCGUUAUGGCAAAGGUAAUGCAGAUCAGAGUCAUACAAGAGUUGCAGCUGUAAUGAUACAGCCGUGGAGCAAUGAAACUUGA